UUCUAUAUGUUUGUAUUCACCGGCUGUUUUAUAAUUGCAUCAAACAUCAUCUUAGCGAAUAUUAUCGCAAACAAACCAUUUGAAACACAGUUGAGCAAACCGAAAUUGAAAAGUAAUUUUUCGCAAAAUUAACCCAGACAGCGGUUGUUCAAUUAAUUAUACUGAUUGGUUUAAGAGACAAUUUUUUCAUCAAAUUUUUAUACUUGAUUUGAACAAAUCAACUUGUUAUAUUCAACAGAGUUGAAUUCCCUUAAUGGCUGAACGCGGUAAUGUAUCCGACCUGAAGCAUCAUUCAGAAGAAGUAGAUGUAGGUGGUAUACCAAGUAAAAGUCACAAGCCUGAAAUAGAAUGGAUUGAAGCAACAGAACUGAAAGACAGCAUUGACUGUCUUGAGCAAAUUUUCCUGAGAAACCCAUUGAGCCCAUCGGAUCUGCUGAACUUUGCGAUGUCAGACAGCAAAUUGAAGGAAGCGGCUGAACGGGCUUACAAGAGCAAAUUCGGAAAAUGGUUGGUGAAAAUUAAUUGCGAAGAAAAAUCAGUGGAAUUGUUCGACAACAACAACAACAAAAAAGCCAUCCGAUAUAGCCGCGAUGGAAUUGGAGACAACUAUAACAAGAAAACCAGCCGAAAUGAAAUUAAAUGGCGGUAUUGCCUAACAUUCUUACGCCAUUUUGGCCAUUUGAUUUCCAAAUUGGAAAUUUUCUAUUGGGGAAUGAAGACGUUAGUGAAUUUGAAGUUUGCCGCACACUUGGAUCAUUACGUCAAUGAAUACUGUGCCGAGUCCUUGCUGGAAAUCUCAUUGGAAGAAUGCGACAAAGAAGCGAUGAAAGAUUUGAAAAAACCGUUCACAAAAAUUAAAUCAGUUCGUUUUGUGUGUUGUCAUUUGGGAAACGAGUUGUCGGACAUCAAUAAAUGGUUCCCUAACGUGAGUCAUUUGGAGUUCUCCAAAGAAAACCGUUUGGCAAAUUGCUAUGGAGUCGAGGUUUAUCUCCCCUAUUUGCGGAGCUUCAGUGUAUAUCUGCCGUUUGUAGAAGAAACCCGCUUGAGCAAAAGAAAUGUGGUUGAGAUUUUGCGUGCGAAUCCUCAGAUUGAAAGUUUGUACAUUUGGGGUAGCUUCGGUGUUAACUACCUUCAAGAAAUCAGCACAUUUCUGCAGCAGUUGGGAAGCUUGAAAAUUUCCGCACAUACAAUGUUCCAUAAUUUUGGCCGUGGCACCGCACAUUUCAAAAACGUAAAGAAGUUUGAAUUUCGGUAUUAUAAUAAAUGCACUAGAAUUCCAUUGUCGUUUGACAGCCUCGAGGAAUAUAAACACAACCCAGACCUGGGAAGCAGCGGAAUCGAUGAAGUUUUUGAUUUCAUCUGGCAGCAAAAGUCGCUCACUAAAUUUACUUACAACGACAAAUGCGAAAUGAAAGGUGUACUAUUUAGGUUAGCAUUGCCAUCACUAAUAGAAAUCGAUAUCCCACUCGGUGAUUUUCCAAUUGAAGAAGUGGUCGCUUUUAUAAACCAAUGCAGAUUACUAAAGAAGCUUACGCUUACACUCGAAUCUGGCUUCAAAUCCUGUAACGAUUGGCGAAAGCAUUUAGGUACUGAGUGGCGCAAAACCAAUGAACGUGAAGGAUGGGGUCGUGGAAAGUCUAUUACAUUAGAACGUUGAAUCGAGCUUACACAACGUCAACUCGUUAAUAUCAUCGUUUCUUUUGACACAUCACCACAAUAAUAUUACCUAAACUGCAAUCAAUCAAAUGUUCGUGCCAAUGAAAAGAAUUAAGAAAUAUAUCUUUCUACAAUCCUUAUUAAUAUAAAUAGAAACCAUCAAGUUUUUUCUCGAAUUUAUUUAGAACAUAAGUUUAAGCCCAAAAAACGAAAAAUGUUCGUGCAAAAAAAAACUUGACAAAAUUAAAAAGAAAAUUCUAAGGAAAACCUGAA